CAGCCUCACCCAGUCAUACCAGAGGGCGUAGAAGAGGGGAUGGCAGAAAACAGCUCCGAUACUUGUGGUUCCGUUUAUCGGAGGUGUUUGACUCAUUCUACCGGGGAAAAAGCCCAGUCAACCAGUAACGGGGUAUCCAAAUGGGUUCGCUUGAACGUGGGGGGAACGUAUUUCUUAACAACACGACAGACGCUGUGCCGAGAUCCGAAAUCAUUUCUGUACCGACUGAGCCAGGCUGACCCCGACCUCGACUCUGAUAAGGAUGACACUGGUGCCUAUCUCAUAGACAGAGACCCCACAUACUUUGGGCCGGUACUGAACUACUUGAGGCAUGGCAAGCUGGUGCUCAACAGGGAGCUGGCAGAGGAAGGUGUCCUGGAGGAAGCCGAAUUCUACAAUAUCACAUCAUUAAUCAAGCUCCUCAAGGACAAGAUCAGGGAACGAGACUGCAAAACAUCACAGGCUCCAGUGAAACAUGUGUACCGGGUGCUGCAGUGCCAGGAGGAGGAGCUCACCCAGAUGGUGUCCACCAUGUCAGACGGCUGGAAGUUUGAGCAGCUUGUCAGUAUAGGUUACGGGCGGGCCCAGCAGUCAGAGUUUCUGCUGAUUGUGUCAAGGGAGGUGAAGGGGGAGGAGUCUACUUUCCCAAGCCACAGCGGAGAGCUGGUCAGCAUUGGAUCCUCUUAUAACUACGGAAACGAGGACCAAUCUGAGUUCCUGUGUGUAGUCUCCAAGGAGCUGCACAACCAAUCAUAUGGCCCAAACAGUGAGCCCAGUGAGAAAGCCAAGAUUCUUCAGGAGAGGGGAUCCAGGAUGUGAAAGAUCAGUAUUACAAGCACCAGGUAUAUAGUACAAUCGUAUGAGUCAUAAUACCCAUAAAACCUAGCAAUCAAACAGGGAAAUGGUUACAAUUGUUUUUCCA